AUGCCACAUCCAACCAAUGAUGAUGAAACAUUCGACAGACAAGACGGUAUUGAUAAACUACUUCAAGAUACUUUUAGAAAUGUAGCAGAUGACCUGAGGCAUGAAGGAGUAAGAGAGGGACUAUCUGGAGAUGCAAAAAGAUUCUUUAAAUUAGUGGAAGAAGGGAAACAAGAGUUGUAUCCGGGGUGUAAGAACUUUUCUAAGUUGAAUUUCACCAUUCGGUUAUACUUGUUUAAAUGCAUUCACAAGUUGAGUAAUGUAGCCUUUUCAGAUUUGUUAGACUUGAUAAAAGAGGCAUUUCCCUUUGCUCAGAUACCCGAGUCUUUCUACAAGGCAAAAAAGGUGAUAAAAGAUUUGGGUCUUCAUUAUGAAAAAAUACAUGCAUGUACUAAUGAUUGCAUGUUAUUCUGGAAUGACACUGCAAAGUUAGACAAGUGCUCAGUGUGUGGAUCUUCUAGAUGGAAGAAUGUUCGUGAUGACUUGACUAAUAAGGUCACUAAAAUUCCAGCAAAGGUUUUAAGACAUCCUGCUGAUGGGGAAGCUUGGAAGGAUUUUGAUUCCUUGCACCCUGACUUUGCUAGUGAUGCUCGUCCAUCGUCUCCUGGAAAUGAUAUAGAUGUAUACUUACAACCACUGAUUGCAGAGUUGAAGGAACUAUGGGAAGUGGGAGUGGAAACAUAUGAUGUUGUAACUAAUCAAACAUUUAUGAUGCGUGCAGCUUUAUUGUGGACAAUUAGUGAUUUUCCAGCAUUGGCAACCAACAAAUUGAGGCACAAUCUUGAUGUGAUGUACAUAGAGAAGAAUAUUUGUGACACUUUGCUUGGGACUUUAUUGGAUAUACUUGGAAAGUCCAAAGAUCAUAUAAAUUCUCGCUAUGACUUACAUGAGAUGGGGAUACGCAAAGAGCUUCAACCAGUAAAAGAUUAUGAUACUGGAAAUAUUCAUUUGGCUAAAGCUUGUUUCUCUAUGAAACCAGAGGAGAAAAAAUUAUUUUGCACUGUUUUAAAAGGUGCCAAAUUACCAAAAAGAUUUGCCUCUAAUAUAUCAAGUCGUGUGCAAAUUGAAGAUAUGAAAGUAUCGGGAUACAAAAGCCAUGAUGCUCAUUUCAUAUUACAUUACUUGCUCCAGAUUGCUGUCAGAAAAGUGUUGCCCAAGAAUGUGUCUUUGGUCUUGAUUAGGUUGGGAAAUUAUUUUAGAGCCAUAUGUAGUAAGGUUAUAAGAAGAAGUGAUCUUGAGAAGAUGAAGGAUGAAAUCAUAGAUAUAGAAUGUGAGCUUGAAAAGAUUUUUCCUCCGUCCUUUUUUGAUAUAAUGACACAUUUACCUAUUCAUUUAGUGGAUGAAAUUAAGCUUGGAGGCCCGACUCAUUUGCGUUGGAUGUAUUCUACUGAAAGAACUAUGUGUGACUUCAAGGGGCUUGUUCGUAAUCGAAAAAAUCUAGAAGGGGCAAUAGUAGAGGGUUUUUCAGCUAUAGAGUGUUUGACCUUUAUUUCGAGAUACCUACCUGAUAUGGUGAAGACAACAUUUAGUAGGUAUCAAACUGAGGAUGAUGAGAACAAUCAAAUAGAGGAAGGAGAUGUUUCACCUUUAUUUCCUAAAACAGGUCAUCCAAUCGGAAGUAUGAAUAAAAGGAAAGGAAAGACUUUUAACAUGGAGCAUCAUGAGUGGUUUGAAGCUCAUCGAUAUGCUUUGUUCAAUACUGGAGAUGAAAAAGUAGAGACAUUCAUAAAGGAACAUAAGAAUUUGAUUGAUAAUCGUACCAGAGGAAAUGCAUGGGUAAAAGCACAGAUCCAUAGUAGAGAAUUCAGUGAUUGGUUUAGGGAUAAAGUUAAAAAUAUUGAAGUGUCCAAUCACUUAAGAUGGCUAGCUAAAGGGCCUAAUUUUGUGGCUAAAAGAUAUACUGGAUAUUUUAUUAAUGGAUAUAGAUUUCAUACAAAGACACGGGAUGAUCCUUGCAAGACUCAAAAUAGUGGAGUGACUUUGUCAGCAACAACAGAUAGUUUUGCUAGUGCUAGGGACCACAAUCCUAUCGAUGGAAUGGUUAUCUAUUACGGAAUUAUUCAGGAUAUCAUUGAGAUUGAUUAUUGGGGUUGCUUUAGUGUUGUACUUUUUAGAUGUGAUUGGUUUCAUAAUGAAGUUGAUGAAUAUGGAUUGACUCGGGUAUACUUCAAUAAAAAAUGCAGCACAAAUGAUCCUUUUGUACUAGCAUCUCAAGUGCAUCAAGUUUUUUAUGUGGAAGACUCAAUUGAGAAAAAUGUAUAUUAUGCAAGAAAUAAAGUCCCAGUGGAUUUGUAUGAUUUGGAGGAAGAGAAUUGUCCUAAUAUUGAAGAAACAUUUUGGCGAGAGACUAACGAUGAUAUUGGUUCAUCAGAAAUAGUGCUCGAUGUAGAUGUUAGAUGGUCGAGAGAAGAUCUCCUUGUUGAUAUCAUUGAUCUGUCUUCCCUUGCACAACUUUCAGAAGAUGUAACUAUGGAAACAUCAGAAGAGGAGGAUGACUUUGAUGAUACCGAUUGGGAUUGGAUGGAGGCUGAUGAUUGA